CAGCUGAUGUUAACUAUUUUACAGCGUUUUGUUGUAGAUGUCACAUUUCCCACAUUUCAGUGUGCACCCAAAUGCGACACAGGUGUGUGCACGUGCGGGCGCUCUGUGAAUAAUGAAAGCCAGCAAAAUGUCCUCUCGUGAUUUUCCGAUGUGUUGAUAUUCAUGAACACACUGUAAGACUCCACUAUAACAUUUCUUAUUUUUAAUACUUUAAUUGUAGUCACAGCAAUGAGGAUUUCCGCUGUCGUUUCUCGUUUUUUUUAAUGAGAGCCCAGAGUGUUGAGCUGUUAUGCCACAGAUUGCGAGUUUCCACGACUCAGUUCUUCUCUGGUGCAUCAAUGACAAGUCGUCGAAAAUUCAUAUUUAUGCCACCUGGUCCAAGGUGCGAAAACGGCACAGUAAACCCAACUUACUGUUUGAAAACAGCGUGUCAAAAUGUCUGCCUGGCAAACACACCAAAAAAGCCAGCCCCCGGAGCCAUGUGGAGAAAUGUAUGAGCUCCAUGCAGAUGGGGACCCAGAUGGUGAAGCUCCGUGGCGGCUCCAAAGGACUGGUGCGGUUCUUCUAUCUGGACGAACACAAGUCCUGCAUCCGUUGGAGGCCCUCGCGCAAGAAUGAAAAGGCCAAGAUCUCCAUCGAUUCGCUCCGGGAGGUGUGUGAGGGUAAGCAGUCUGAGAUCUUCCAGCGCUAUGCAGAGGGCAGCUUCGACCCCAACUGCUGUUUCAGUCUGUACUAUGGAGAGCACAUGGAGUCCCUGGACCUAGUGUCAGGCACUGGAGAGGAGGCCCGCACCUGGAUCACAGGUCUCAAAUAUCUGAUGGCAGGCAUCAGCGAUGAGGACAGCCUGGCCAAGAGGCAGCGCACCCGAGACCAAUGGCUAAAGCAGACCUUCACCGAGGCUGAUAAGAACGGCGAUGGCAGCUUAAGCAUCAGCGAGGUGCUACAGCUCCUGCACAAACUCAACGUCAACCUGCCCCGACAGAAGGUCAAACAGAUGUUCAAGGAGGCAGACACAGAUGAUAACCAGGGGACGCUGGGCUUUGAGGAGUUCUGCUCCUUCUACAAGAUGAUGUCGACACGUAGGGACCUGUACCUCCUUAUGCUCACCUACAGCAACCACAAAGACCACCUUGACACAGAUGACCUGGCCCGCUUCCUGGAGACUGAGCAAAAGAUGACCAAGGUGACCAAGGACCACUGCCUGGAGAUUAUCAAUAAAUUUGAGCCGUGCUCUGAGAACCAGAAGCAAGGAGUUUUGGGAAUUGAUGGUAUUACAAAUUACAUGCGCAGCCCAGCUGGGGACAUCUUCAACCCAGAACACUACAACGUGAACCAGGACAUGAACCAGUCGCUGUGCAGCUACUUCAUCGCCUCCUCACACAACACCUACCUGAUGGGUGACCAGCUCAUGUCACAGUCCAGGGUGGACAUGUAUGCCUGGGUGCUGCAGGCCGGCUGUCGCUGCGUAGAAGUGGACUGUUGGGAUGGUCAGGACGGUGAGCCCAUCGUCCACCAUGGCUACACCCUGACCUCCAAAAUCCUCUUCAAAGACGUCAUCGAGACCAUCAACAAGUACGCCUUCGUCAAGAAUGAAUACCCAGUCAUCCUCUCCCUAGAGAACCACUGCAGUGUUCCUCAGCAAAAGAAAAUGGCCCAGUACCUGAUUGAGAUCCUGGGGGACAAACUGGACCUGUCCAACAUCAAAGCCGAUGAGUCAGGUCUGCUGCCGUCACCAGAAAUGCUCAAAGGCAAGAUCCUCGUCAAGGGGAAGAAACUGCCUCCCAACAUUGAUGAGAACGCAGAAGAAGGAGAUGUGUCGGACGAGGACAGCGCUGAUGAGAUGGAGGAUGACUGCAAGCUUAUGAACGGAGACACGUCAGCCAACAGGAAACAGGUUGAGAACAUGGCCAAGAAAAAGCUGGACAACCUGAUGAAAGAGUCCAAGAUCAGAGACAGAGAGGACCCGGACAGCUUUACCAUCGCAGCCCUCCCUGCUGGGAAGCCCACAGACAAAGCUGGCUCCAAGGGUAAAAGUGAGGACGGGACAGACACAGCAGACGAGGCUAAUCCCAGCAACAAUAAGCGCACAGGGCGUUCCUUCAUGGGGAGCUUUUCAAAACGCAAGAAAAAGACAACCAAGCUGAAGAAGACAUCAAGCUUUGAAGACACAGAUACAGACCAAGAGAGUACAAGUAGCGCCUCCCGUGCCCCCUUGCACCACAGCAAAAAGAAGAAGACCAUGAAGUUAUCCCGAGCUUUGUCUGAUCUGGUCAAAUACACACGUUCUGUGGGUCUUUAUGAUAUCGAGGCACAAGCUAACUGCAGCUGGCAAGUGUCGUCACUCAGUGAGACCAAAGCCCAUCAGUUGAUGCAGCAGAAAGCUGCAGCCUUCAUCAGCUUCAACCAGCGACAGCUCUCCCGUAUCUACCCUUCCUCUUACCGUGUGGACUCCUCCAACUUCAACCCCCAGCCCUUCUGGAGCGCCGGCUGCCAGCUUGUUGCACUCAACUACCAGUCAGAGGGCCGGGUCCUCCAGCUCAACAGAGCCAAGUUCUACAGCAAUGGCAACUGUGGCUACAUUCUCAAGCCUGCCUGCAUGUGUGAAGGUUCCUUUAACCCAAACCUGGAGGACCCGCUACCAGGUCAGAUGAAGAAGCAGCUGGUGCUCAAGAUCAUCAGUGGGCAACAGCUGCCUAAACCCAAAGACUCUAUGCUAGGAGACAGAGGAGAGAUCAUUGAUCCCUUCGUGGAGGUGGAGAUCAUUGGCCUCCCAGUGGACUGCUGCAAGGAGCAGACCAGAGUGGUGGAUGAUAAUGGGUUUAACCCAAUGUGGGAGGAGACUCUGGUGUUCACGGUCCACAUGCCUGAGCUUACCCUCGUGCGUUUCCUCGUGUGGGAUCAUGACCCCAUAGGCCAGGACUUCAUCGGCCAGCGCACCAUAGCCUUCAACAGCAUGAUGCCAGGCUAUCGUCAUGUCUACUUGGAAGGUAUGGAGGAGGCUUCCAUCUUUGUUCACAUAGCUGUGAAUGACAUCACUGGUAAGGCCAGAGCAGCCAGCGGCAUAAAAGGGCUGUUUCACAGAAAUCCAAAGCAGGCUUCUCUAGACAGCCAUGCUGCUGUGCAGCACAGCCGUAAACACCCAUUUGGUGCCCACCUGCUGCGCCGCACUGCCAGCGCACCCACCAAAGGCCAGCCCAAAAUCAAGAAGGGCUUCCCAGAGAUUGCAAUCGACACCAAAGACUACAGCUCAGAGGGCGCCAGUGAAGAACCAGAGUCUGAGGACAGGGACAAGGCCUCCGCUGCCGCCUCUCACAAGCCCACACCACCACAAAAUCGCAACAGGGAAUCACUGGCAUCUCAGCAAGCCAAGAGCCUCUGGGACUGUCCUGAUACCAAUGGGGCUUUUCACCCCGAGGAGGGUAAAGAUUGUUCCACACUGCAGAGACCAGUUCCUCUUCCACUAAUAUCUGACAACGCCAGAAACACACGUGUCAUCCAUUCAGUCUCCACUCCAGAGGACAACCUGUCUUCACAUCACUCCUCAUCUCCACCACUGCGCUCACCAUCCACAGGAAUAAACACAGAGUCCACACCAGCUGUUCCUUCAAAUGGGGCAGUUUGCAGUCUGGUCAAGGUGAGCGGAGAACCUACGAAACCGCCCAUCCUUUCCAGAACCAUGCCAUUCCCUCUGACAAACCCUGCUGAGAAAACUGUACCAUCACACUGUAGUCAAGACAUUCAGGCCAGUAGAAGCACUCAUUCAUCCAUGGAGCACUCACCGAACCAGAGGGAAAACCAAGAAGCUCUGCCAGAGAAGAAGAAAGAUACAGCAGAGGUAAAGUCUGAGCCCAGAGUGGAGCCUCCUGCUGCAGCAGCAUCCACUGGGACCCCUGCAGCUCAGAUAGCUACAGCCAGGAGAGCACUUUUUAGCAAUCUACCAUCACACACACCAGUAAGGAGAACAAAAAGUGAAGGCCAGGUUCGGGUGGCUGUAGCCUCAACUGGGCAGGCCCAGUCAGCAGUACCAGAGGUCUGCACAGAUGCUACCAUGAACGACCGCCUUUGGAGCAAGUUGGAGCCAGGCAGCCACCGAGACAGCAUGUCCUCCUCCUCCAGCAUCUCCUCCAGCGACACCGUCAUCGACCUGUCCCUGCCCAACCUGGCCAGGAAGAGCUUCACCAGUCUGCCCACAGCCAGCAGCACCUGUGAUCCUCACGGGGUCAACUGCCGUCACUCAGCGUUAGUCUCCUAUGAUGCCCUGCGAGUCAGCAAGAGCAAGUCCAACCCCAAUCUCCAGCAAAGUGAGUCUCCCAAAGAUGAGCUCAAGCCCCGCCCCCUUCAUCCACAGGAAGCUUCUGUGGACUCACCCAGCAGACUAACUCAAAGGAGGCAUACCUGGAGCAGGCUCUACAUGGAAGGCCUCAAACAGUCAUCAAGCAGCAGGCUGUCCUCUGCAGCUACAACCCCAACAGCUAUAGCCUCCAUGUCCAAAAGUCUCGGAGAUCUGACCUCCGAUGACAUUUCCUGUAACUUCGACAGUAAGUACCACAGCAUCAGCCGCAGCUUCAUCAUUAGGCCAACCAGAGACCAGCUCCGCAAGGGCAGCCCGCAGAAGUCUCGGCCAUCCAGUGACCUCACAGAGCAACUGCGAAAGCUGACUGAUGUGGAGCCCCUGACCGACAGUGACUUUGCCCCACAAAACGAGCCCAGAAAGGAACAGGAGUUUGUGGAUGAGACCCUGGUGCGAAGGACCUCCUCCAGGAGCCAAAGCAGGGUGCGCUACAUUGCAAACAGAGCGAAGAAGGCCCAAGAAAGGCAAAAGCUCCAGAGCCUGGUCCAGGGCAGAAGUGCAAGCUUUAGCCUUACUGGUAGUAUCGGCAGCGGAAGUAGUGCUAGCCCCAUUGAGGAGCGGGGGAAUCCCGAAGGCGCGUGUUGUGUGGCCCACAGUCCCUGCACCAGCCUGGACCUGCUGAGUCAGCUCGCCCCCAUAGGAGCCCCCUCCCCCAGACAGUCCCAGCCCUCCCCAGACCCUGAAAACAGUGAAGUCUUUUUCAUGCUCAAACUCUAAGAACUGGCUGACUUGGAACUGAGUGUGAGAGACACAGCUAGACACUUGUUUGGAAUACAGUCCAGUUUCUCUCAAGACCAAACCUUUUUUUCUCUUUUUUUGAAAAAGUUGCAUAUCUUGCAGAAUAUCUCAGAUUAUUUUAACAUCUCACAGAGAACUGUACUCCACUGAAUUAGUAAUCCAUGAACAGUCGAUUCUCCAUCUUGUGGCUGUGCAAGAUCCAUUUUUUAAUCUGUGCAUUCAGAAAACAUUGUCUCGUAGCUGCUGGACAGCAGUUCUUCGAAAAGCAACUACCACAGCUCUGCCAUUUGUUUGCACCAAAUGUUAGAUAAUUGCCAGAAUGUAUUUAGUGAAUGAUACCAGUUUUUAAAUGGUUGUUUAUGUUGACUGUGAUCUAAACUCAUGUUGAUUUUUUUUAUUUUUAUUUACUUUACAUGAGCAUACAGUAGCAAUAGAUCACAACUAGAGGACAGGAUAUGAACUGACCCAUUAUGUUUAUUUAAAUAUAAUGGUAUACUUUGACUAAGUUGAAAAUUAGAUACUUCAUGUCAAGGCAUUUUUAUCAGCCCAUCCAUCCACUAGCAAUAUUUAGAAAAUGAUGGCAUGGUAUCAUGUUAUUUUUUGUUUGACAUUUUGAUGCUGAGGCUUGUUUCAUGUCUUCGCUGAAAAAAAUUUAAUUAUUAUUGCAAUGCAGGAUAAAAUGUCUUACUUUUUAGAAUUUUUUGUGUAGUGGUUACAUUGUAAUUCGACCAAACUGCCAAUAUUUUGCUAACCUUCCGGAUUUGUGGCAUGUCACAGCACUGAGAUCAUGUACUUGAAAGCAAUGGUAGACUCCUCCAUACAGAGUUUAGCCCUUUUUAGUUGACUGCAUGUCUUUUAUGCACUGUAAUCCUAAGGCUGUGCUUUAUUUUACAAGGACUUUUUAUAUGAUUUGUCAAUAUUCCAAACUUGUUUUUCGGAUCAUCUGACGAUGGUCACAAGAGCAACCUGUCUGAAACCCUGUGUCCUCAUUUGACCGUGGUACCGUGGUACUAAUACAAGAUGAAAAUGAUCUGUAUCAAAGCACGUUUAUUUGUCGAUCUACUGUAUUGUUUGCACUGCUGUGUCAGUUGUUUGUGCAAAAUUUUAGGGACAAUAUUUAAUUCAAACAAUGUAAUUAU